CCGAAGCCAUCGUCAAGAACUGGGAGCGCUGCGAGGUGGGACUAGCAAACAGCAUGCUGCAGCUAAAGGACGUGAAGACCAGACUGAACCAGUCGAUGCCUGAGUUUGACGAUGAGCUGCAGAGUGCGGAGAAGUUCAACAAGGAGACCGAGGACUCCCUGGAGGACUGGGCUGAGAGCCUGACGGAGCUGAGCACCAUGAAGACGGAUCUGUCCCAGUACAUCAUCGCAGACGACGUCCUGCUGCUGCAGGAGCAGGUGGAGCACCUGCACUGCCAGUGGGAGGAACUCUGCCUCAAGGUGUCUCUGCGUAAACAGGAGAUCGCGGACCGUCUGAACGCGUGGAUCAUCUUCAAUGAGAAGAACAAGGAGCUGUGUGAAUGGCUAACGCAGAUGGAGAACAAGGUGGCGCACAACUCCGACCUCAACAUAGAGGAGAUGGUGGAGAAACUCAAGAAGGACUGUAUGGAGGAGAUCAACCUGUUCAGCGAAAACAAAACGCACCUGAAGCAGCUCGGAGAACAACUCAUCACCGCCAGCAACAAGACAAAGGAGACGGAGAUCAAUGACAAGCUGAAGGACAUAAACGACCGCUGGCAGCAUCUGUUUGACCACAUAGAGGCCAGGGUGAGGAAGCUGAAGGAGACGCUGGUGACGGUGCAGCAGCUCGAUAAGAACAUGAGCAACCUGCGGACAUGGCUGUCUCGCAUCGAGGCGGAGCUGGCCAAGCCGGUGGUCUACAACAUCUGCCACAGCGACGAGAUCCAGAGGAAACUGGCGGAGCAGCAGGACCUGCAGCGGGACAUUGAGCAGCACACGGAGAGCGUGGCGUCUGUUCUGACGCUGUGUGACGUCCUGCUCCACGACGCCGACGCCUGUGGCAGCGACUCAGAGAAUGACUCGAUCCAGCAGACCACACGCAGCCUGGACCGUCGCUGGAGGAACAUCUGUGCCAUGUCCAUGGAGAGGAGGAUGAGGAUCGAGGAAACGUGGCGUCUCUGGUGUAAGUUCCUGGACGACUACUCUCGCUUUGAAGACUGGCUGAAGACAGCUGAGUUCACUGCUGCCAACCCAGACUCCGCCGACGUCCUCUACACCAGCGCCAAGGAGGAGCUCAAGAAGUUCGAGGCGUUCCAGCGGCAGGUUCACGAGCGGCUGACUCAGCUGGAGCUGGUCAACAAACAGUACCGCCGUCUGGCCCGGGAGAACCGGACCGACACCGCCAGCAAACUCAAGGUCAUGGUCCACGAGGGGAACCAGCGGUGGGACAGCCUGCAGAGGAGGGUGGCGGCUGUGCUCCGCAGGCUCAAGCACUUCACCUCUCAGAGAGAAGACUUUGAGGGAACUCGUGAGGGGAUCCUGGUCUGGCUGACAGAGAUGGACCUGCAGCUCACCAACGUGGAGCACUUCUCUGAGAGCGACAUCGAAGACAAGAUGAGACAGCUCAACGGCUUCCAGCAGGAGAUCACCCUCAACACCAACAAGAUCGACGCCCUCAUCGUGUUCGGGGAGAACCUGAUCCAGAAGAGCGCUCCUCUGGACGCCGUGCUGAUCGAGGACGAGCUGGAGGAGCUACACUCCUACUGCCAGGAGGUGUUUGGCAGGGUGGCGCGUUUCCACCACCGCCUCGUCAACAGACGCCCGGUGCUGGAGGAGGAGAGGGAUCUGUCAGACCGGGACACGGACCUGGAAGACUCACCCGAUCUGACCAUCGGGACUUCGUGGAGAGAAACGAGGAAGAAGGAGGAGGAAGUCCCGGCUGUAGGCGGAGUCUCGGCUGGACGUCAGGCCGUGUGCCACCUGCUGGCGCCUCCUCUGGAGCGGUCAGGGAGAGAGACCCCUGUCAGCGUGGACUCCAUCCCCCUGGAGUGGGACCACACUGUUGACGUGGGAGGAUCAUCGUCACACGAGGAUGAUGAGGACGCCACCUUCUUCAGCGCUCUAUCAGUGAAGUCUGACCCGCCCAGCUGGCACCAGCCCAGCUCCCCAGAGAGGAAACGAGUUCCCCGAGAAAUCAUCCGAGGCCUGAGCUCGUCUCCCACACACACCACCAGCACUCCCUUCCACCAGCAGGGCUACGUGAAGCUGAUGUCGGAGUGCAGCGGCAGCAUCAACACUGUGAAGAGAGUCAAGCUGAUCCUGAACGAUGAGGAGGAUCUGGAGGACGCAGGUCUGACCAGCAGCACGGCCAACAGACAGACCAGCACAGGUGUGAUCCAGCGCUGGGAGCUGCUCCAGGCACAGAAGUUCAACAACGAGACAGACAUCAAGCAGGACCUGGAGCAGUGGCAGAAGCUGAACUCUGACCUCUGCGAUGUCACUUCCUGGUUGGGCCGGGUGCUGCCAGAGCUGGAGAGGCUGCAGCGGAUUGCGCCAUCCACCAGCAUCCGAGACAUCGAGGUCAACAUCAGGAAACUAAAGGAGAUGCAGAAAAGCUUCAACAGCUACAAGUGUCUGAUGAUCUCCGUCAACCUGAGCAGCCGUCACUUCCUGCGGGGCGACAGUGUCGAGCUGCGAGAGCUGCAGGAAGCUCUGAGCUCAGCCAACCUCAGCUGGACGCAGGCCUGCGGCGGCCUGGAGAGCUGGGAGAGGAGGCUGCACUGCGCACUCAUGCAGUGUCAGGAGUUCCACGAGACGCUGCACUCUCUGCUGUUGUGGCUCGCUCAGGCUGAGAACAAACUCUUCACCGUAAACGUCAGUGACCUGUUGACCUCACGCUCUGUCCUGCUGGAGCACCGGGACGCGCUGACGGAGCUGCAGGAGGAGCUGCACGGUCGUCAGCGGCAGGUGUCCUCGCUGCAGGACAUCUCCUCUCAGCUCCUCCUCGAGGCCACCGGAGAGGACAGUGUGGAGGCCAAAGAGAAGGUCCACGUCAUCGGCAACAAGCUGCAUCUCCUGCUGCGACAGGUGGCGGCUGACCUGCACGCGCUGCAGGGAAAACUGGAAACCUGCUCAACCAGCUCUGAAAUGGACAGCAUCGGUCUGGGGACACUCAGCUCUCCUCUGCUGCUGCACAAGGAGGAGGCUGGUCCACAGGCAGCUACAGUCAGACAAACGGCAACUAGAAGGGAGGAGAGGAGGGAUUCUUCCCCACGCCGACCCUUCUUCUACCGGGUUCUACGAGCUGCCUUCCCUCUUCACCUGCUCUUCUUAGUGCUGCUGGUUCUGGCCUGCCUGGUGCCUCUGUCUGAAGAGCACUACAGCUGUACACUGUCCAACAACUUUGCACGCUCCUUCUACCCCAUGCUGCGUUACACCAACGGCCCUCCGCCCACGUGAAACACCGCCAUGAUGCUCAGCAAAGAAAGUUUGUCUCCAGCUCCUCCUGACAAGGGAGAGGACUGAAAAAGGAACAAGCACGUAUGAGGAUGAAACCUAAAACGGACAAGUUCAAAUACACCUGCUCCCUUCCACAAAACGACGACACCUGAAGGCCUCGUGUUUUUUGACUCUAAAUUUUAUUGGUGUAUUUAAAAACGUAUUUAUUUGUGGUGCGCCACAGUAAAAGAAAAAAGAAGCCAUAUUAUUGGUCUGUUUUAAGGUUGUGAUUUUUUUUUAUAUGUAGAUCUGCCAGUUAACGUCCCCACUGAACAUCUUCAAUAUAAAAAAAAAAGGUCAGGAUUUAUUUUGAUAUCUACAUUUUGUACGUUCACAACAGUCUGGUGUCGAGUUUGAAGGAUAAAGGACACUUAUUACCAAAGCAUCCAGAAACUGAGAGGCACACUUGCCAUUUUCUACCACUGCAGCUAUUUUUACUGUUUUUCAUAGAAGGAAGCCACUUGUUGAUGAUAGCACAUUUUAUACAGAGAUGAGCUGAGGCAUUUUUUGUUUUUGUUUGAUUUAGGGUUAUUUAACAUCUGUAAGCUAUGACUGUUUUUUUUUUUUUUUAAAUAAUGGCAGUGACUCAUCUGCAGACAUGCCUUUCUGUAGCCAACAAAACUACUGUAUUUUAUCAGAUAACAAUGUACUUUUAAUGGCGUUAAUUCAUUUUUGUAUAUAAUGGCAAACUACUGAGAAAGAAGUAGGUAAGUUAUUGCUUUUGUGUAUGAAUGUAUGUUUGAGUGUGGCACUGAAGCCUGUCAGAUUAAUUCAACAUGGCGUUAAAUAGUUUGAGUGCCACAAACAUACAAUAUAAGACUGUUCAUUGGUUAUUUUGUAAUGGCCAUAACAGGAAGUUAAAUGGCACUCCUUUUUCUCAGAUUAAAGCUGCAUGAAGCGAUUUUUGAUAUGAAGAUCUCAAUAGCUAAUCAAGUGUUUUAGCUAACAUAGUAGCAUUAAAAACUGCCUAUUUACAUAUGUAGCAGAUCACAGAUCAACAUUAGCAUCCCACAGGAGACAGAGGUUUGAUUUUAGUCAUGCUAUCAAAAAUACCCGCUUCAUGAAGCUUUUAAAGGGAUUUGUUUUUGAUCUGGUUACCAUUAAUGUAACAAUGUGUUAAGGGGUUAACAGCACACACAUUAUGCUGCCAUCUAGCUGUUAAACAAAGAAGGUGCAGCUACAUCAUCAUGUCAAGAACUCUAUAAUCUGCCCCUUUAAGAAUAAUUUGAUGUUGUUCAGAACUUACCCCAAUGUUGUCCAAAUUGGUCCCAUGACUUAAGGCCCUGCAGGUUGUUGAACAUUUAAAAAAGGUUAAAAACAAGUGAUUAUUUCAAAAAUAAUUUGUUGUUGGUGGUGAUGUACAUGAGGGAUUUACGUGAAUGCUGCUUUGAAAAACUUUCUUCCCUGCAGUUGAAAUGAACUAGUGUCGAAAUUUCUGUGAUCAUAGACUCUGAGUAGAACAUGAAUGUAAGCAAUUCUUUGGGCACUGAAUGUAGCUGUGUACAUGCACAAUCAAAGAUCGUUAAAUGUUUCUAAUUUACAUUGUUAAUAUCUAUAUUACAGAGAGGAUUUUGUGACAUUUGAUUUGAAACUCAGUGUUUGAUCCUUAUUUUUUGUACACGACCUCAGACUCUGCUCAGAAGGCCGACAGAACAGAAACAAACAAAAAUGUGUAAAGUUUGAUUUAUUUUGUGAACACUUAUUUAU